AUGUCCGACUUUAUUACUCCAGUUACUAACAUCCUAGCUUGUUUGUGUGGUUACUGCGCCAAAUGGGCGGAUUCAAUAUUCAAUCUUAGAGAAAACCUCAUCUCUUUGAGAAAUGCUUCAAAUCAACUCAACGACAUGUAUCUUGAUGUCGAGAGGAAGGUCAGAACGGCAAAGCAGGACCCAGAUCCAAGGCUGAAGGUUUUGAAUCGGGUAACUGGUUGGAUGGAGGGAGUGAAAGUCCUACAAAAUGAAGUCCAACCCAUUCUGCAGCAAGGUAAUGAAGAAAUACAAGCCAAGUGUUUCGGAGGUCGUUGUCCCAAGAAUUGUUGGGCUAGCUACAAGCUACACAAAAUGGUUGCACAGAAGCUUAGUGACGUUAAUGAUCUCACAAGCAAAGGCCAUUUUGAUGUUGUAGCAGAAAAGCUUGCUCAUGAUGGGUUCCAUGAACUUCCUGUGGUUAAGCUUGUGGGGGUAGAAUCAACAUUUGAGAAGCUAUGUUCAUGCUUUGAGAAUAAUCAGAAAGGCAUCAUUGGUUUGUAUGGAAUGGGAGGGGUAGGCAAAACAAGUCUGCUUAAGAAAUUCAACAACGAUUUCCUUUCAAAGAAAGCAAACAAUGUAGUCAUCUGGGUUGUGGUGUCUAAAGAUGCAGAUGAAGGAAAAAUUCAAGAUGCCAUUAGGAAGAAAUUACAAGUCCAAGAUGAAAUUUGGAAUAAGAAGACGGCGGAUGAAAGAGUUAAUGAGCUAUACUAUAUCUUAAAGAACAAUUCAUUUGUGUUGUUAUUAGAUGAUGUGUGGAAAAGGAUUGACCUGUUGAAGUUGGGGGUUCCUUCCCCUGAUAAUCAUGAAUGCAAGAUGAUAUUUACAACUCGGUCAAGAGAGGUAUGCGGUCAAAUGGGUGCGGAUGCAGAUGGAAGCAUCGAAGUAAAGUGCCUCACACCAGAUAAAGCAUACGACUUAUUCAAGGAGAAAGUGAGUGUUACCACUCUUGAAAAACCUAAUAUAUUGUCUCUUGCAAAGCAAGUGGUGAAUGAAUGUAAAGGCUUGCCACUUGUUCUUUGUACUGUUGGACGGGCCAUGGCUAACAAGGAGACUCCUGAUGAAUGGAAGAGUAGUAUAGAAAUUCUGAGGACGAAUCCCUCAAAGGUCCAGGGUAUCGAUAAUGAAGUCUAUCCCUUACUUGAAUUCAGUUAUAAGAGAUUGCCAAAUGAUACCCACAAAUCAUGUUUCCGUUAUUGUGCCUUAUUCCCUGAGGACCAUAACAUUAAAAAACAAGAGCUUAUUUUGCUCUGGAUUGCAGAAGGUUUUUUGGCUGGAUUUGAUUACGACAUUCAUGGAGCAGAUAAGGAAGGAGAAUAUAUAAUUUCAAAUCUAAAGUCUGCUUGCUUAUUGGAAAAUGGUGAGGAAAAAGAUACAAUUAAGAUGCAUGAUGUGAUCAGAGGUAUGACUCUCUGGCUAGCUUGUGAUCACAAGAAAACAGCAAGAUUCAUUGUAAGAGAUUAUUCCAAGACAAGUGGGCUUGAACUAUACAAUGAUGCAAAGUGGAAAGAGGUAGAAAAGGUAUCAAUGUGGGGUGGGCGUGAUGUGAGCGCAAACUUCUCACAAAAACCUCAUUGUCCUAAUCUCGUGACUCUGUUUAUUAGGAAUACUAGGAUACAAGUCUUUCCAACUGAGGUAUUUGUCCUUCCAACUACUGUCAAAGUUCUAGACUUUUCUUUUAAUUAUGGAAUAAGAGAUGUACCGUCAGAAAUAGGGGACUUUGUAAACCUGGAACACAUGAACCUAUCCCGUACUAGUAUAAAAAAAAUGCCAGAGGAGUUGAAGAAUUUGAAGAAGCUGAAGGUCUUGUUGCUGGAUGGAAUAACAGUGCUUGAAUUCCCGGAGAAAGUCAUAUCCGGUUUGUUAUCCCUUCAAGCUUUCAGCACGAGAUGGUCAAAAAUUCGAGGGAUUGAUAAAAAUAUGUUGUUGAAUGAGCUAGAAAGCUUAGAUUAUCUUCAGUAUAUACGCAUUUCUGUCUUUAACACAUCCUCUGUUGAAAAAAUACUGAUCUCCCCAAAAUUGCAAAGGUGCAUAUGUGAGCUAUUUGUUACAAGAGUAGACUCAUCACCCCACCACGUGUUCUCAUCACUUGGAAAAAUGGAGCAUCUUGAAACAUUACGAGUUUAUGAUUUUGAAGCUGUGGAUAUUCCGAGGCACUCAUUUUGGGGACAUGAUUAUAUAAUCACCCUUCGCAAGUUGGUUCUUGACAAUUGUUGUAAUAUACUUGACUUGAACUGGCUUAUACAUGCUCCAAACCUUGAAUUCCUUGACUUGGCCACUUGUGAUUCAUUGGUGGAAGUUAUAAGUAGUGAAGAUUUUGGCACUGAGAUACAACAAAAAAGUGAUCUAUUUUGCAGUCUCACUUAUCUUCGGUUGGUACGUCUAAGGAACUUGAGGAGCAUUUGUAGAACAGUAUUACAGUUUCCUUGUUUAGAGGAGAUUGAAAUAAUGCAGUGCCCCAAUUUGAAGAAGCUCCCAUUUGAUUCUAAAAGUGCAUUGAAUAAUCUACAAAGCUUUAUUAUGGAAUAUCAUGAUGAUCAGUUGUUGGAUCAGCUAGAAUGGGAAGAUGAAGCUACCAAGGAUCUUCUUUCUUCAAAAAUUGAAAAAAGGUAA